UACGCGCUGGUCGUGGCCAGCGUGGCGAUCUCAGCUGCGCGAGAGUACCCCGGCGAGCCCGUCACUCACUGCAUGAAAGUGGGUUUCCUGAUGGAUGUCGUUUCGUAUCUCCACUACCUGCCCAUUCCUCACCAGAACCACAUCAAAGUCGUCUGCUACUUCAUACGUGUGCACCGGCCUUUAAGGUUCAUCUGGAUGACGGACAGAGACAAGAUGAACAGCAGCCUCCUUGUGACCACGCUCAAGUACAUCUACUACACGUUUCUCCUGCGGACCCUGUGUGCGUACUUUUGGAUGUACCUCGUCGGCAUCAAAUUUAGGUUUGACCGUCCCCAUAUAAACGCCCAGCGUCGAAUGAUGCAGCUUGUCAGCUCUGCGCUCACGCAGAUUGACAACCAAGACGAGCAGCCGGUGCAGUUCGAAAUGUUGUAUGCCAUGUACAUCGUUAACAAAAUCUUCAUACCUAUUGGCCCUCCAGACUUGGUCCUAAACGAUGCCGACCGCAUAGUGUUCCUGAUGGUGAUGGUGACAGGCACCCUGAUGGUGACGGGGGCGGCGGUGGCCGCGCUCUCCUCCGUCAUCAGCGUCCACAUGCGCCCCGAGGAGAACUUCCGCACGCGGUACAAGAUCAUCAUGAGGGAUCUGGUACGGUUCAACCUCUUGUUCCUGAUGGUGAUGGUGACAGGCACCCUGAUGGUGACGGGGGCGGCGGUGGCCGCGCUCUCCUCCGUCAUCAGCGUCCACAUGCGCCCCGAGGAGAACUUCCGCACGCGGUACAAGAUCAUCAUGAGGGAUCUUGUACAGUUCAACCUCUUGUUCCUGAUGGUGAUGGUGACAGGCACCCUGAUGGUGACGGGGGCGGCGGUGGCCACGCUCUCCUCCGUUAUCAGCGUCCACAUGCGCCCCGAGGAGAGCUUCCGCACGCGGUACAAGAUCAUCAUGAGGGAUCUGGUACGGUUCAACCUCUUGUUCCUGAUGGUGAUGGUGACAGGCACCCUGAUGGUGACGGGGGCGGCGGUGGCCGCGCUCUCCUCCGUCAUCAGCGUCCACAUGCGCCCCGAGGAGAGCUUCCCCACGCGGUACAAGAUCAUCAUGAGGGAUCUGGUACGGCACCCUGAUGGUGACGGGGCGGCGGUGGUCGCGCUCUCCUCCGUCAUCAGCGUCCACAUGCGCCCUGAAGAGAGCUUCCGCACGCGGUACAAGAUCAUCAUAAGGGAUCUGGUACGGUUCAACCUCUUGUUCCUGAUGGUGAUGGUGACAGGCACCCCGAUGGUGACGGGGGCGGCGGUGGCCGCGCUCUCCUCCGUCAUCAGGGUCCACAUGCGCCCCGAGGAGAACUUCCGCACGCGGUACAAGAUCUUCAUGAGGGAUCUGGUACGGGUCAACCUCUUGUUCCUGAUGGUGAUAGUGACAGGCACCCUGAUGGUGACGGGGGCGGCGGUGGCCGCGCUCUCCUCCGUCAUCAGCGUCCACAUGCGCCCCGAGGAGAGCUUCCGCACGCGGUACAAGAUCAUCAUGAGGGAUCUGGUACGGUUCAACCUCUUGUUCCUGAUGGUGAUGGUGACAGGCACCCUGAUGGUGACGGGGGCGGCGGUGGCCGCGCUCUCCCCUGUCAUCAGCGUCCACAUGCGCCCCGAGGAGAGCUUCCGCACGCGGUACAAGAUCAUCAUGAGGGAUCUGGUACGGCACCCUGAUGGUGACGGGGGCGGCGGUGGCCGCGCUCUUCUCCGUCAUCAGCGUCCACAUGCGCCCCGAGGAGAGCUUCCGCAGCGGUACAAGAUCAUUAUGAGGGAUCUGGUACGGCUCAACCUCUUGUUCCUGAUGGUGAUGGUGACUGGCACCCUGAUGGUGACGGGGGCGGCGGUGGCCGCGCUCUCCUCCGUCAUCAGCGUCCACAUGCGCCCCGAGGAGAGCUUCCGCACGCGGUACAAGAUAAUCAUGAGGGAUCUGGUACGGUUCAACCUCUUGUUCCUGAUGGUGAUGGUGACAGGCACCCUGAUGGUGACGGGGGCGGCGGUGGCCACGCUCUCCUCCGUUAUCAGCGUCCACAUGCGCCCCGAGGAGAGCUUCCGCACGCGGUACAAGAUCAUCAUGAGGGAUCUGGUACGGUUCAACCUCUUGUUCCUGAUGGUGAUGGUGACAGGCACCCUGAUGGUGACGGGGGCGGCGGUGGCCGCGCUCUCCUCCGUCAUCAGCGUCCACAUGCGCCCCGAGGAGAGCUUCCCCACGCGGUACAAGAUCAUCAUGAGGGAUCUGGUACGGUUCAGCCUCUUGUUCCUGAUGGUGAUGGUGACAGGCACCCUGAUGGUGACGGGGGCGGCGGUGGCCGCGCUCUCCCCUGUCAUCAGCGUCCACAUGCGCCCCGAGGAGAGCUUCCGCACGCGGUACAAGAUCAUCAUGAGGGAUCUGACGAGCUCCGGGAUCCCCGAAAGCCUCCGCAACAAGGUGGAGACAUUCUACAAGAUGUACUGGCACAAGCAGCGAGCGGUCUCAGACUCUCAACUGCUGCCAAGCUUCCCGCCUGUCCUGCCCAGCAGCGUGUACACCGAUAUCUACUUCGAGGCCACACAGAAGAGCGGCCUUCUCCGCGACCUGUCCUACGAGUUCCUCUCCGAAUUAGCCAGACACAUGGAGACCAUCUUCUACAUUCCUGGGGACUGCAUCAUCAAGCGGAACUCCCUAAAAAACUCCAUCAUAUACAUCACCUUGGGAGACAUUGAGGUUAGUGCUAUAAUGCUGACAGCUGAAGACGACGUGUCUCCCAUGCUGCGGUUUACACGCGGCACGAUCCUCACGCCUUGGGGGGGCUGCGCAGCGGGCGGGGGGCGGGCACACGUUCAGAUGCGCGCGGGCACGUUCUGCGCGGCGCGUGUGCUGCGCGCGCGCGGGCUGUGGCGCGCCGCGCUGCGGCUGCGCGGCAGCGGGCAGGCGAGACUCAUGCUCAACGAAUUACGAGGGGUGACGCGGGUCACGCAGUUGUUUUUCUCGCUCCACAGCCGCCGCAAUAUCUCUGCAUACAAAAGCAGCAUCCUCGAGUUCAAAAAUAGCCUAAUAGCGCUGAAGGAGGCGCGCGAUGAGGACGGCGAGCUGCUGCUGGCGCGGCCCGACUAUCUGCUGGAGAUCGCUGGCUGCUAUCUCAUGAGAAACCGCGCAGACGCGACAUUGACGGACGAUUCGGAUCCGAUCUGCCUCCGACAGACCUUCCCCUGCAUCCUGCAGCCGACGUCCUCGCUGCUCACCGCUUGGAACUGGUUUAUGGCUUGUCUCAUCUUGACCGUGUGCUUCAUAUACCCGUACCACAUCAUCUUCAAGUUGUCCGUUUCCUCGGAGUUCCGUUUCUUCGACAUGAUGGUGACCGCGAUCUACGUACUGGACAUCAUCACCUAUCUCUCGACGGGAACCAACGUUGAGGAAGGCGUCCCUAUAACGUUCAUGGAGACGGCCUCGAAGCAAGUGCGGUCCCCGUGGUUCCUAGUAGACGUGGUGGCUACAGCACCCAUCUUCUCUUUCAUGUGGGAAGGAGAGUUAUGGGGCAUCAACAAGAUCCUCAGGUUUCCAAAGGUAAUCCGCAUGAUCCAGACCCUGGAGGAGGAGUGCGUGGACCACACCAACGUCAUCCGUUUCUUCGUGUGCGCGCUGCUGCUGUUCUUCGCAUGUUACUGCCUUGCGUCAGUGCAGCAAUGCGUCCUCUGCGACGGAUACGGCUUCUGCCAAGUCAACAACUUCACCCACGAGCCGUUCUAUACGGAAGCUCCUCUGGACGAUGAGUACAAGAACAUAUUAAACCGCCUGUUCUUUAGCCUCUAUUGGGCCAUGUCGAUACUUACCUUCACCUGUCAUAUAGAGAUGGUGCAAGGAAACUCUGCGUUGAAUAUGUACACUACGAUUCUGCUGGAGAUAUGCAUCGUAAUGAGUAUCAGUAUCGAGGCCGUCUACUCCGCUACCAUCAUGGUCACCACCGCUUUCAGAGAGAGCUUCGACUCGUGCAUCGCAGACGCGCGCAACUUCCUCAUCCGCCACCAGGUGCCGCUGCAGCUGCGGCAGCGUUUCCUCGAGCAUUUGCAGCUCUGCUGGGACACCAGGAAGGCGUACUCGAUGACAUCGAAGCAGAGCUCUGUGUUCUACGACCUGCCUCCCCACGUGUACCAAGACAUCCUGGCCCGCCAGCGGAGCAAAUUCAUGCUGUGCAUACCGUUCAUGAAGCUACUAAACAACGAAGACUUAAAAAAUGUGUCAUCCAACGCGCGCAUAUUCUACUGCGCACCGAACGAGAUCCUGCUGAAUACUGGAGACAUCAGCACAGAGAUGUUCAUCAUCAAGAAGGGCUUCUGCGAGGUUUUAAACCCCGAUACGAAAGAAGUGGUUGGCACGUUGAUCACAAAAAGUCAUUUCGGAGUACUCGAAUGUAUAUUUCGUUUCCCAGCUUUCUAUACCGUACGGACGACGACGCACGUGCUAGUAUUCGCCAUCUCUAGAAAGUAUCUGUUGCAGGCGCUAGAGGUGCCUCAGAUAAAAGACGCCAUCAACUUUGCUAAAGAACAAGAAGAAUACAACCGGCUGCUGAUUCCUCGCGAGCCGUUCUCCGCGUACCAGCCGCCGCCCCCCGUGCCGAAUAGGGAACGCUUCAAACUGCGCAGGAAACACGAGAAGGACUCCGCCUUCCUCCAGCCGUUCAGAAAGUUUGGCUUCUUUUCUAUUUUAAGAAACGUGUUCCCUCGUUUCACGUUCCGGCCGGACAGCACCCUGCUCACUCGCUACGAGGUUUGUCGCUCGUUCUGCGCAGUCGCAGGCACGUUCGUCUUCCCGUGCUACACGUAUAUGGUACUGCAGUUCCCCGCGUUGUACUACGUGGCGAUUAUACUCGACCUGUCGGCCUAUGGCGACGUAAUCUUCCGCCUGUUCGUCGGGUUCUUUGACGAGAAAGGCAUCCUGGUGUACCAUCCCGCGAACACCGCCGCUCAUUAUCUGCGGGGCGCUUUCAUGUUGGACCUGCUCGGCUGCCUACCUCUGGAAGAUCUGGAAGUGUCCAUGAAGUAUUCUUACGGCGACCUGUACCAAGUGACUGCCAUGAAGCAGGUCCUGAUGCUGAACAGGUUGCUGCAGCUGUACCGGCUGCCCGGGACCCUGGACAUGCUCACCAGCUUCGUGGAGCGCCGUGACAUUAUAAUAGUAUUCAAAACUAUCCCCAUCUUCCUAACGAUCCUGAAUGUUCUGACGGUUUGCCUGAUCUUCUCAUCGGUAAGGAUAUAUCACUCGGAGGACGACACCCGGUGGGCCUUCGUGCCGUUCAACGACCCCGGGGGCUCCUGGAUACACCUCUAUAAUAACGCUUACCGCUUCAACGUGACGGAGAGUCCUUUCAACCUGCACGUGGGCUGCUACUUCUGGAUCGUGUCCGAGGCCACAACGACAGGAUAUAACACCAUUGCGCCCUCGAACCUUCAUAUAAUGAGCGUGCUGUUCUGGAGUAUGGUGCUCGGUUCUCUAACAACGAUCUACAUGUCAGUGCGCAUCAUCAGUCUCCGUGCGAACGUGGAUAUGACGCUGGCCACCUACCAGGAGCACAUGAGGGACUUGCUUGAAUUCAUGCGCCGGGAGAGUCUUGAUAAGCAGCUGCAGAAAGAAAUCAUGGACCACUACGAAUUCAACUGGAUAAAAACCGAUAGUAUAGACGCGCGCAAUGUACUCAAGCUGUGCGAUCAGAUCACUCUACGGAGCGACGCCAUUAUGCACCUGUACGGAGCUGCAUUCGCUAAGUGCCCGAUCCUCUCCGACUGCGACGUAUCGCUCCUCCGAGUCCUGGGCCGGGCAGUCCGCAGCAUCCACUUCCUAGAGGGCACCACCAUCUUCCAGGAGGACGACGUGACCCACCACCUGUACUUCGUCUACAGCGGCCAGCUGCAGCUCAGGACCACAGACUCGGCAGAAAGAGUUUGCAAGGUCACUAAACUUGAUGUUGGAAGUCUUCAAGUUAUUCGGAUGUUAACGUACUUGCACGCCGGCAGCAUGGCGGGCAACCUGUCGGACGCGGUGUCGUGGCGCGUGCGCUCUCGUCUGGUGGCAGCCACGGACGUGCAGCUGCUCCGGAUGCGCUCCAAGGCGUUCCAUGACAUCGUCCGGGACUGCUUCCCGGUGGUGCUGCGGCUUAUGGCGACGCAUCGACAAGAUAAUGAGUUAUGUAUCAAAGCUAACGCUGCUAGUGGAUUUCGGCGGUCGUCAAAGCCCCAGGACACAACAUUCAUCAAGCAUCUCGCCAUUAAAUCAAUGAUCCAGAGCGGCAUAGUCCAGGUAUUUCUCAUGAUAACCUCCAUGCUCUGCGUAUACAUGAACCUGUACAACGCCGGGUUUCAGAACAACACUGUACCGGUAUUGGCGCCAUUGUACACUCUGGACGCAUGCUUUCUGGUCAAGAUUGUGCUGUACUUUACGAUGCCACGACUAGUGAAACUGCCGACUGAGGAUCAUGAGAAUGCCAAAAUGACGUACUUCAAGAGCAUGGAAUUCAAAAUAGACGUGGCUUCAUUCUUGCCCAUCGAGUUGUUCUGCUUGUUGAAGAGCGAUCCCUGGCUCUUACUGUCCUGUCUGCGUCUCAACAGGGUGCUGAGGCUUUCAACAGUCUCCAAAUACCUGAAACGCUAUCAGAAGCGAGCCACAGAGAACCUAUUGUUCAGCACCUUGACUCUCAUCAUGUGGUUUACAAUUUUAAUCCACUGUUUGACUUGUCUAUGGUUCUUCAUUGGGCUUAGCGUAGACCGCGCUGAACCGGGGCAGUCUUGGCAAUAUAGCGAUUCCGGGGAUCCGCUUUGCGACAACAAAUACAUUUGCAGCGUGUACUUCGUGCUGACAAGCUUCGCUCACAGCGGUGUUGCUGACAUUAUGCCCAAGAAAGAGAUAGAGGUUGUGUACGUGUCAGCUCUCCUGAUCAUCUCUCAGCUGAUGUACGUGGUGUACGUGGGCGAGUUCGCCAACAUCGUGCAUUACGCGUCUUUCCGCGCCUUCACCUACUACGCCAAGUUUCUGGAGCUUCAGGACUACCUAAAGAACAACCGGGUAUCACCCGCACUGAUCGCUCUGGUGAACAAGUACGCCGUGCUGUUGUGGCGAGAGGCGCGAGGGGAACAAUUGCCCAAGUUUCUAGCCAACGCACCUGUGUGCCUCAAGUUAAAAGUCAUGUGUCAAGCCUAUAAAGAUGUUGGAGAUCAGCACCCCGUGUUCAAGAGCUGCGAGCCCGCUCUGCUCCGCCACAUGGUCGGCUAUCUCAGACAAUACUAUUACGACGGAAACAUGUACGUGGUGAAGCAGGGCGAGAUCACCAACUCGAUGUACCUCGUACACUCCGGCGAGGUCCAGGAGAUCAGCGAGAACUAUGAUGAUUACGAGGACGAAGGCGUCAAACGAAGGAUCUUUACCAAGGGAGAGUACUUUGGCAUUGAACAAGGACUAAUUCGUGACAAGCCAUAUGACUAUUCUUACCGAACUACGAGCAAGUCCCAAGUUCUGACACUACUCUUAGACGACUGGGAGUAUCUUUUACAGCACUUCCCUGACAGCAAGAAGCGGAUAGAUGACUAUCGGAGUAGUCAUCAUAGUAAGGACGAUGGACCCCCACCUCCGCCUCCGCAAGCCAGUGCUGGUACCCUAGGUACUCCGGGCGGCUCAGAAACGGCCCUAGAGGACAGGGGUCCCGAUGAUGGACCUUCAGGGGGUCCAGAUGUACCUCCAGGUACACCGCCGGAUAUGAAACCGGGCGAACCAGACGAUCCAACCAGCAAGACAGCCCCUCUGAUUGAAUUAAAACGCACCAUUUACAAGUAUCCUGAGUCUAAAGAGCCCGAGCCUGAACUGGCUGUGACUGAUGGUCUAGAAGGAACAUCGAAAGGUAAAUCUAAAACGGUGAAACUAAAAGACGAAACGAAAGCGUCUUCAUUUUCACGAGACCCAUCUGAAGGUAUUGGCGAGAGAAGGAAAUCAGCCCUUAAAAUUUCUGUCAAACCUUCGAGAACUGAAACGUCUGUUAAGUUUCACGAGGAACCGCUUCCCGCUAGCAGCUCAACGCAACUCUUUGAACGUAUUCGAAACGCAGCAAGAGCCGUAGACGACAGGCUAGCGAGUCGAAGCAUACGAAGCAAUGACGACACGCCAUCGACAGAAUUAAUCAAAGAGUCAAAAGCCGUUGCAACAUAUCACAGCGUCGAGGAAUACUUAGCUUACAAGUACAAGAUGCGUGACUCGUAUCAAUACCGCCCUAAAAUAGAAGAUGAAGACCAAAUUGACUCUGACGUCAGAAUGAGCCCCAGUCGUCGGAUGCGGGUGAAAUACCCAAAUCAAACACAAAGCUCGAUUCACGAUGGUUCUGACAGGGAGCACUUCGUGCAUUCACAGCUAGCAGAGUCUAUGUAUCGUGUCCAUUCGGUAGAAAGUCGAAGUGCACCCGUUUUAGAUCUUGAGAGGCCUUUGGGUGAUUACACUCCGUCUAACCUUUCGGUCAUUGGACUUCCUACAGCGGCUGCCCCUGAUGUAGACAUAGAGCCAAGAAAAAGUUCGUCUACUGUAGCACGAGAGGACUCUCAAGUACCAAUGACUUCCAAACAAGCCAUGCAGCAAUCUGACGCAGUUGAACCCAAGAACGCGGACACUGAUCCAUCUGACGAUCGAGGAAGCAGAGAACCCAAGAAACAACAGAUAGAUGCUCAUUUAACUAGGACACCUUCAACCACAAACCUUCUUGCAUUACCCGCUCCUUCUGACAGCUUAUUAAUGCAACAGCCAUCAACAAUUCCUGAAGAAUUCCUUAACAUAGCAAAACCAGAGACAUCUCGUGAUAAUGAUGCGGCUCGAACGGCCUCUGCGGAGGGUUCUGUCACUGUACCGAAACUGCUUGCGUUGCCACCCGCGCCUUCGUCUGAAUUGCCUACGCCUGCGAUGGAUACACUGACUGCGAUAGAUGCACUGCCUGAAAUUGUACAACCUGCAGAAAUUGUUACUGAACGUGAACUAUCUAUUACAUCAAUGCGCAUUUUACAAGCAGAAACACCAACGCCUAUAGUGGCGCCGCCAAAAGAUCAAGCAACUGACCUUGCUGCGUUGACAGAAGCUGAAAUGCUACUUGACUCUACAGCACCAAAACUGCUUGCGUUGCCACCCGAGCCUUCGUCUGAAUUGCCUACGCCUGCGAUAGAUACACUGACUGCGAUAGAUGCACUGCCUGAAAUUGUACAACCUGCAGAAAUUGUUACUGAACGUAAACCAUCUAUUACAUCAAUGCGCAUUUUAGAAGCAGAAACUUCAACGCCUAUAGUGGCGCCCCCACAAGAUCAAGCAACUGACCUGGCUGCGUUAACAGAAGCUGAAAUGCUACUCGACUCUGCAGCACCUAAACUGCUUGCGUUGCCACCCGCGCCUUCGUCUGAAUUGCCUACACCUGCGAUAGAUACACUGACUGCGAUAGAUGCACUGCCUGAAAUUGUACAACCUGCAGAAAUUGUUACUGACCGUGAACCAUCUAUUACAUCAAUGCGCCUUUUACAAGCAGAAACGCCAACGCCUAUAGUGGCGCCGCCAAAAGAUCAAGCAACUGACCUCGCUACGUUGACGGAGGCUGAAAUGCUACUCGACUCUGCAGCACCUACCACCAAAAACACGGAAUCCGACGAGGGUUUAAAUAUACCUAAAGAGAAACAAGCAGAUGGAAGUGUUGAGUCAGAAUCAGAGAGACAAAAGACUGAUGCUCACAAGUCAGAGGAUCAGAACAAUUCGGGUGAAGAAAAGACUGAUCAGGACAAAGCUACAGAUCAUAAUUAUAAGGAACGCAAGGAUAAAAAAGAUUAA